AUGGCCUCACUGGUCGAAGCAGCAUCCGUGCCAGAGCCUGUCAACGGGCACGGAGAGAACACCGCCUCUGAGACCGGUAGUGACAAGGUCAGGGCGAACGAGCUGAAAGAGCUCCGAAUAGCAGAGACAUUGGGAGCUGAAGAUGUGUACAUCGAUGCGGAAACGGACACCCUGUGGUACCACUGGGUUGGAAGCAUGUGGGUGAAGCCGUUUCGCUUCGAUAAUCGAAGUGGCACAUAUGUGAUUGCUCUCAAGACCGGUCCGAGGGCUGAGUUAGGCAAGCAUCGCCACCGGGGCGAGGUCAAGGCAUACACUGUCAAGGGAAGUUGGGGGUAUUACGAGUAUGGCUGGAAAGCUCAACCAGGUGACUACAUCACCGAGACUCCGGGAACCAUCCACACGCUCUGGAUGAGUGAGGAGUCCGAGAUCCUCUUUACUGUGAUGGGUUCGAUCGAAUUCUUCAAUGAUGAUAAUACUUUGCGAGAAAUCAUGGAUGGGUUCAGUUUCUGGAGAAUGUAUAUUGAACAUUGCGAGAAGCACGGCCUGGAACCGAAUGAGAAAUUGUGGUAUUGA